CAUCGCCUUGUGCAAGAUCUACCGUCACUCUGAGACGUCUGUGAUCUUCUUUAAAGAGACGAGGGACUCUACUGAACAAAUCCACUCCACGCGGAUUCAAAUUAUUCCUCUUUGCCCCCUCUCUCCUUUCUUUUCUUCACCCCCCUGAUCAGGAUAAACCAUCCUGUGUUUUGUAAAGCCAAUUGUUAGUGCGUAUCAUCGCGGGAGCCAAAAGGAGGUUUGCCACUGUUCAUAGACUGCGGGCUGCUGGAGAGUCAUGACAGCUGAGAAGAGCGGGCCCGUUAUAAACGGUAAACCAGAGGAUGGCAAAGACCCGGAAGGGUCCAGCUCCAGCCUGGAUAACGCAGAUGGAUACAAUGAGAGGGGUCAGUGGAACAACAAGAUCGAGUUUGUCCUGUCUGUGGCCGGAGAGAUCAUUGGCCUGGGAAAUGUCUGGAGGUUUCCUUACCUCUGCUACAAGAAUGGUGGAGGUGCAUUCUUCGUCCCGUACGUCAUCUUCUUUGUGUGCUGCGGUAUUCCCGUGUUUUUCCUGGAGACUGCCCUGGGUCAGUUCACCAGCGAGGGAGGUAUCACUUGUUGGAGGAAGGUCUGCCCGCUGUUCGAAGGUAUCGGCUACGCAACACAGGUGAUUGAAGCUUAUCUAAACGCGUACUAUAUAGUGAUCCUUGCCUGGGCCAUCUUCUACCUCUUCAACUGCUUCACCACUGAGCUGCCGUGGGCCGGCUGUGGGCACUACUGGAACACAGAGAACUGUAUUGACUACUAUGGAGAAAAUGCCACCAACAUCACAAACCCCAAUGCUACUUCUCCAGUCAUCGAGUUCUGGGAACGUAGAGUGCUGAAGAUAUCAGAUGGUAUUGAGCACAUGGGAGGAAUGCGCUGGGAGCUGGCCAUGUGUCUGGCUCUUGCCUGGUUCAUCUGUUACUUCUGCAUCUGGAAGGGACCCAAGUCAACCGGCAAGGUCGUAUAUGUGACGGCUACAUUCCCCUACUUCAUGCUGUUGAUCCUGCUGAUCAGAGGAGUGACCCUGCCAGGUGCAUUUGAUGGCAUCAAGUUCUACCUCUACCCGGAUAUUUCCCGUCUCUCUGACCCUCAGGUAUGGGUAGAUGCUGGAACCCAAAUCUUCUUCUCCUAUGCCAUCUGCUUGGGCUGUCUCACUGCUCUGGGAAGCUACAAUGCCUACGACAACAACUGCUACAGAGACUGCAUCAUGCUGUGUUGUCUAAACAGCGGCACCAGCUUCGUAGCAGGUUUUGCCAUUUUCUCUGUGCUGGGUUUCAUGGCCUAUGAGCAAAAUGUUCCCAUUGAGGCUGUGGCAGAAUCUGGUCCUGGUCUUGCAUUCAUCGCAUACCCCAAGGCUGUAACCAUGAUGCCUCUGUCUCCACUCUGGGCCUGUCUUUUCUUUAUGAUGCUUAUCUUCCUCGGUCUGGACAGUCAGUUUGUGUGCGUGGAGAGCUUGGUGACAGCCGUGGUGGACAUGUACCCAGAAACCUUCAGGAGAGGCUACCGCAGAGAGCUGCUGAUUCUGGGCAUGUCCAUAACCUCCUUCUUCAUAGGACUCAUCAUGUGUACAGAAGGUGGGAUGUAUGUCUUCCAGCUGUUCGACUCGUAUGCUGCCAGUGGGAUGUGUUUGCUGUUUGUGGCCAUAUUUGAGUCCAUAUGUAUCGGCUGGGUGUAUGGUAGUGACAGAUUCUACCUUAACAUUGAGGACAUGAUCGGCUACAAACCCAUCUUCUUCAUCAAAUGGUGCUGGAUGAUCCUGACCCCGGGCAUCUGUGCUGGCAUUUUCUUGUUCUUCUUGAUUAAAUACAAGCCUCUGAAGUACAACAACGUGUACACCUACCCAGACUGGGGCUACGGUAUCGGCUGGUUCAUGGCCAUGUCCUCAAUGGUCUGCAUCCCUCUGGGGAUUAUCUGGAUGAUCUGGAAGACCCCUGGAACUUUCUCUGAGAGAAUGAAGAAGCUGACAACUCCCAGCCCAGACCUGAAAAUGAGAGGGAAACACGCCGCUCUCAGUCCAUACGCUGCCAACGACGCCAAACUCAAGGUUGAUGGGAAAAUAUCCACCAUCUCAGAGAAGGAGACGCAUUUCUAACUGACCACCCGACCAACCAACCAAGCUGCCUGCUGAGUCACGAUAAAUCCAACAACAGAAAACUACAGCAAACACCUACACAACCCAACACAACACAAAACAGGAAAAGAAACAAAUGACUGGGAGUGUUAUUUUUGUUUUGUACAAAAAAAGGAAAAAAAGGAAAAGUUAUCACAUGAUUAUAGUCUGCUUCUGUUUUGCACAAACUUUGAUAACACAUUUGUUGUUUUCAGUUAACAUUGUGACUAAAGCAGCUGUUUCUUUCUAACCAUUAAUAUUUUAAAUCUGUUUGAUGACAUACAGUAUAAGGUUAAAACUUGUCCUGGUACCUUGUCAGUACUGUUCACACUAGUGCGGCAGCCUUUAGGCACUUUAUGUUGUGUUGUAAAGGCUUACAGCGUACAUUUAUUGGCAAAGUACUGUAUCUCUCUUUUAGGUACUAGGUACCCAAAUGUGACUGACUAAGAUGUAGCAGCUUGAGGACCAUUCUACAUAGUUUUUGUGUGUAAAGAGGAACACUACAAUGCAUGCUGGUAGGCUAUAGGAGGGCAUAACCUGAACACAAUUUGUAUAUAGAGUUUCUCCAUUUACCUUAAAAUCUGGAAUAUAAGUUGCAGCCUUGUGUAUGACCUAGUCUGUUUAUGGGGUUCCCCAGAAGUUAAAAAGAGAUUUACACUGCCUGUGAGUGCAGUUUCUGUGCACCUGUGGAGCUCUUUCAGGUAUUGAUUUUGCACUCCUAGCUGCUGGUACUGUAGUUGAGCACUUAGCCUGCAGUAAAGCCCUGUGUCCACAGGCACCGAGAGUGCUUUCCUCAGUUUCGAAAUGCUUGUCAUCAGCCUUUAUGGCUGCUAGGUUCUAAAAGUUGACUUCUGCUUUCAUCAGUCGUAUCAGUAACAAUGUUUUUGAAUUGCUUCAUGUGCUCCAUAUGCUUAUCUUUUUUAAAGGAAAUAUCACCAAGAAGUUAUAAAAGCAGCGUAAAUGAAUCUUGCUGACAUUAGCAGCAGCUGUAGAACUGGAAGCUUUGGAGUCAUAAUGGUUUCUUUUCUGCCAUAAUCAGGAGUUCCACCCCAUUUGAAUUUUGAUUGGCCAGAGAGUGAGAAGUGACAUUGAUGAGUGCUGCAAAGUUCCAAGUGUUGAAAUGUUUUUUAAGCGAGACUGCAUUAAAACAACUCUAAAAGCUUUCCAUCUUCAGCUUAGUUUGUGAGGGUUACGGGGUGGUGGUUCAUUUUAAUGUGAGUGGUCAUUUAUUCAUUGGAGUGUUUAGCUUAGACUUAGCAUGCCAGCAUGCUCUGUAGUGAAGCUGCUGCUUACAUUAUGCACAGGGAUGACCUGUUGAUUCCUCUGGGCUUGGUACAGUGGCUGAGGACAGCUUUUGCUCUUGCAGCCAUGAAGGUUUAUCUCUGUGUUGACUUUUCAAUAUGUUAUUGCACCAUAAAUCACCUCUCUCAGCAUUUUAAACUGGCUUAUUGGUCACAAAGGCCUCCUUUUAAAUUGAAAAAAAAAAAAAAAAAAAAAAGGUACUACAAGUGCAUCUUAUACUCCAAAUUUUAGGGUAAAAAUUAGACAAUAUCUUAGUCAGUUGUGGCUGUGAGGACUAUGGAGCAUUUUUUGGGCCUUAGGUUAUUUUUGUUCACUUGAAAUCAUUUAUGUUGCUAAGCAACAUAAGCAAAAAAAAAAUGCUUAUUGGAUGUAAUUGUUUUUUAUGAGGUUGUUGAUCAUCAUGUUAAGAUGUUUUGAGUCCUUGAGGGCUUAUGGGGUUUCUGAUUAAUCACUACUUGGUGAUUAAACGGUAAUUUUAAAGGACGGAUAAACCGAAGUCCUGAGCUUAAAUACUCUCUGAAUCCACUUCCAUCAGUUUUGGACAUCUUCAUUUUCACACCUUGGGUUUUUAGCUACAUCUGAUCACGUCUGGAAAUAAGUGUAACUUGCAGGACAAGUCUAAAACCACACCUCUCUCUCCUCUAGUUGCCCUCCUGUAAGUCGUGGCUCUGUCAUUUCACAGUAAUUAUGGUGAGCCUAACGCAGAGUGACAGACAGACGUGCCCCCAACCCCACCGCUGCAUUUUUACUCUGCGCUCCGCCUGUAGAGGAUGGAUGCCGAUCAGAUGAGCAUUUCAUAACCCAUCUGUCUGCUCCUCCCCUCUCUUUUUAUUCUCUCUUCUUGUCCCCUUCUCUAUCUCCUUCCUUCUCAUCUUCAACCUCUGCUUGUCCUCCCUCUCCUUCUGUCAUUGGCUUCUCUUUGUCACAUGGAGGGCUAAGGCAAUGACAUGGGCCUUGCAUGAUGCUUCUGAAUGGUAUGUAUUUUUUCACAGACCUAUGCAUCAGUGAGAGCCUGGCUGCUGUUGUUAGUGUGACCUUUCUCCUGACAUUGUAAACCUCAAUGGAAAAAAAAAACCUUUUGCUGCCUGAGCCACUCACGGUGGGUGGGUGGAGGGCCACAGUCUGUUGGUGUGAUCCAUUUAACAGUGGUGAGAGUCAAUGAGCUGGUCUCAUUGUUCAGAUCAAUCUCAGUCCAUUACAGCCUCAUCCAAUCAGCGCUCGAAUGACUCCAAGUUUUCCUACCUCCCUUCCUUGCUUGCUUUGUCCGACUUUCUUGCUCUUCUUCCCUUCUCUUCCCUUCGUCCUUGUUUCCUGAUGAAAAUGCAAUCAGAGGAAUGCAUCAGAGAGGAAUUUCUCUACAGUUUAUCAGGAGGAGGCAAAGAGAGCAGGGAAAGAAAUAAAGGGUUGAUGAGCCGAGGAAGUGCAUGAUAGAGUAAGUAAUGAGGGAAAUCGAGGAAGUGAUUAACGACCGAAGCCCCUCCUGUCUAAGCUGUGACAUCCUCUUAAACAUGUGAUUGGUCCCUCUGGUUUUGAUGCAUUAUGACAUUAUCACCUCCUCACUGAUGUUUGUGCAAGUUUAUAGUUGUGUGCAUCAGAGAAUAAUCGCCUGCUGUUUAACACUGAUUGUGUUGAUGUAUAUUUUUACAUCUCUUUUUAGAAAACCGUGGUCUAUUCCUUGGGAUGAAAGAUGUUUAAAAAUUUGCUGUAUUAAAAAAGAAUGUGUCUUUGUUUUGACUUUUGAUAUGCCGCUCAAAAGAUCUUGUUAUAGAAAUAUAAUGAAAGGUGUUUUACUGUUCUGUACUGUUCUACACACAUUUUGGUAUUCACAGGACACAUGAACUGUCUGCUUACUCAUUUUUAAGAAUAAAUAUU